CAGAUUGAGCAGCUUAUAUGUCUUGUACGUGGCGCAUCGCAUAAUCAUGAACCGACGACAGACGCGAGAGCGUCGAGAAUACAUUUUCAAAAAGUCUCAAGAAUCUCAAGAACGAGCUAUCUAUGAGCGGAAACAGAGGAUCAAAGAGCUCUUAGCGGCUGGGAAACCGUUACCUACGGAUCUGAGGAAUGAAGCAAAGUUGCUAGGAGGGAAAGAUUUGGUCCUGGACGAGGCGCAAGCGGAGCCGCGGAGUCAUAUCGAUGAUGAGUAUGCUAAGGUUGGGACGUAUGAUCCGAAAGUCGUCAUUACGACGUCGAGAUCACCUUCGAGUCGUCUACUGCAGUUCUCCAAGGAACUUCGGCUCGUUUUCCCCAACGCCUAUCGUUUAAAUAGAGGAAACAACGUCAUCUCUCAACUCGUUCCAGCUUGUAUCUCGCAAAACGUGACGGACCUCAUACUACUCCAUGAGACGCGAGGUCGACCAGACGCCAUGAUCAUCUCUCAUCUUCCUCAUGGUCCCACACUCUCUUUAACGCUCCACAACGUUACGCUUCGACACGAUGUCAGUUCGAACGCCAACAGUACAGUAUCAGAACAGUAUCCUCAUUUGAUAUUCGAAGGGUUCUCCACGAGGUUGGGCGAACGAGUCGCAGGGAUACUCAAAGCUUUAUUCCCUGUUCCAAAGGACGAUGCGAGGAGAGUCAUGACGUUUGCAAAUGAGUCAGAUUUCAUAUCCUUCAGACAUCACGUCUUCGCGAAGACUUCGCACAAGGAUGUCCAGCUGGCAGAAGUGGGGCCGAGAUUCGAAGCUAAGCCAUACGAGAUCCGCCAAGGGACAAUAGAUCAAGCCGAGGCCGAUGUCGAGUGGUUAUUGAGGCCAUACAUGAGAACAGCCAGGAAGAGGAAUCAACUGUAGUCAGAGGGGUUCAAACGAAUCAUUCGAGUCCUCACUUGAGACUUGAAACAAUGGCUCACGUCGAACACCCAAUCAUCACCUGUUGUAGCUAUCACCACCACCCUGUAACAUGGAACAUGAUAC